AUGCGACUUGAAGUUGGAAUGCUCUUUUGCAUUCUUACUCAUCCCUCCUUUUUCCUUUCUUUCUUUCUUUCUUUCUUUCUUUCUUUCUUUCUUCUCUCUCUCUCUCUCUCUCUUUCUCUCUCUCUCUCUAUGUGUCACUUUGGUAAUGACAUCCUAUGUGUCAAUUCCCUUUUCUCUCUUCAUCUCUCUCUCUCUUUCUCUCUUUCUCUCUUCAUCUCUCUUUUCUCUCUCAUCUCUCUUUUCUCUCUCUCUAUAUAUUUCUCUCUCUCUCUCUCUCUCUCUCUCAGUAGAAUGCUGACUGUUGCAAUAUCUCAUAUUUAUUUGUUUCAGUGUAAAGUGCUGACCUAUUUAGAAUACAGCCAUUUUGGUAAUGGCAUCCUAUCUGUCAAUUCCCUUCAUUUUUCCUUAUUUAUCAUGCUCUUUCUCUCUUUUUCUCUCACUCCAUCUCUCUCUCUCUCUCUCUCUCUCUCUCUCUCUCUCUCUCUCAGAAGAAGAAUAAGAAUAAGAAGAAGAAGAAGAAUACUGACUGUUGCAAUAUCUCUGACCACAUCUCUCUCUCUCUCUCUCUCAUCUCUCUCUACACUUCUUUCUCUCUCCCUCUUUUUCUCUCCCCAUCUCUCUCUCUAUCUCUUUCACCCUCCAUCUCUCUCUCCAUCUCUUUCACCCUCCAUCUCUCUCAAUCCCUCUCUCUCUUUCUCUUCCAUUAUCUAUCUAUCUAUCUAUCUAUCUACGUCACUUCAUAUCUUCUUGUCAAUUUGUAUUACUCACAUCAGUGUUUUAGUGAAAGAGCUUUUUAAUGGAAAUGGUAGUAAGCUCGUCUCUGACAAAAGAAGAAUUUUUUAUGCUAAUUUUUAA